UAGAAAUAACGAGAGAAAGCGAAAGCGAUUAACAUCUGACAGUUAACGUUUCAAACAUGUUUGCUCGACAGUUCGCGAGAUUUCUAAAUUCGAGUGACAAUGAAAUACGCCUGUUUACGAUUAUUAUACUGUCGGUUGGUUUGCUGAAUUUAUCGACGGCCGCACCAGACAGUGCAGGAAUCGUAGAAAUGGUGAAAGGACUGGCGUAUGGUGGCAUUCCCUACGGAAGCGUAACCGGAAUGGUAGCAAACUAUCCAGGAUUCACGAGGCAGCAAUUUAAUUACAAUCAGGCUCGACAAUUAAAUCGAUUUAGGAACGAAGUGCCGUUGGUUGUUAAUCCAAAUUUCAGGGCCACGAGAUUAGUGGACACGCAAUCAGAAUCUGUACAAAUUUACAAAGACCCUGGUGUUCUCGGCUCUAUCAAUUACAUAGAAUACUAUGCUCCGUUAGUUACAAAAAGUUAGUUACAAAAAGUUAGCAAUAAAAGGUACAGAAUCUCCAUCGA